AUGGAGCAACCUGUAACCAGAGCACCAGAGCUGGAAAGCCCAUCUAACAGUAGUCUGAAGAUACAGAUGGAGACCUGCCACGAGUGCUCUGCGGAAGAGUCACCAAAAGCUCCCAAUGCUGAAAGAGAGAAAGAGGCAAAGGAGAAGCACUUGAGCCCAGAGCCUCUGCCCUCCCCCAGCCAGCCUGAGGGCACAGAGGGCACCCUCCGAGAUGCAAGCGUGGGUGGGAGCAGCUGCCAGGAGUUCCUGAGGUUGUCCCCUGGCAAGGAGGUGAUGAAAGAAAUGUCCAGAGUGAAAAGAGAGCAAGAAGAGAAGCUGUCUGACAUGGGAAGAAGACAGCUGACCCUCUUCGCAGAGCACAACCGUAGUUCUGACCUUUCAGAUAUUUUGGAAGAGGAGGAAGAAGAUGAACUGUCUUCAGAAGCUCUGGAAGAGAAGAAGUGGGACCAGAGAGAGGCAGGUUACCGGGAAAAUGGGGAAAAGAUGGACCUUUAUGAUACUGACAGCGAUGAGGAGAUUCUGGAGAGGCUACUAGAGCUCCCGCUUCAGAAGAACCACAGCAAGAAAUUGUUUAGCAUCCCUGAAGUGACAGAGGAUGAGGAUGAAGAUGAGGAUGAGAAGUGUGUUGUGGAGGAAAAGGCAGACCCUCAGGCCUCCUCAGAAUCUCUUACCCACCAUUCAGGAAGGACAGAGAAGCCACUCAACAUCAAAGAGCCAUCUCUAAAGGCAGAUGGGAGUAAUACCUCCACAGAUCUGUCUGCUCAGGCUCCACAGGAGGAACAUGGUGUUAAGGAGAGCAGAGGGGAUGCUGACCCUGUGAAUCCUGCCUUUGUCCAGCCGGCCUGGAAUCAGAAGAAGGCAAACUGGAACUGGGGCUACCAGGAGAACGAUCCAAAGUCUGGUACUGGGGCAAGUCCUGCUUGGAGCAAGAAGAAAGGAAAUAGUUAUCGAGAGAAAAUCCGGAGUCGGCCUGAGAUGGGUAGGAAGAGACAGAAUGAUUUAACAGAGCACUGCAGUCGUCUGCUGGGCAACUGCAGCCAGAUGGGAGGUGGGUUGUACAGAGCUCCUAGCCUCAGGGAAGAGCUGAACGUUGUGAGCAGUGCUGGUGGUAAGGAGGGGUUUGAUAUGUACAGUCGUGCCAGACAAGGCGCUUUACGCAGAAGCCACACGAAAGCAGCGAGUUCAGGGUUUGCAGAACCUUCUGUGGUGGCAGCACGCUGCUCCAGCCCCAGGAGCCUGGAAAUAGACAUUGAGUAUGACUCUGAAGAUGACCAGGAUUCGACCUGUGCGUCGCCCCCCGAGAGCAGGCUGUGGCCAGAAAGGUCCCAGAGCUGUCGGGGGGACUGGAGCGAUGGCUCCAGUCAGUCUGAGGUUGCCCACGCGGAUGGCAGGAGGGAUCUGAGCAGAGUGGAGGUGAUGGAGGAGCAGAGCAUGGAGUGGGCUGGAUCUCCGAGGCAGCGCCUGCGAUUCUUCUGCCAGGAGAAGGAAGCACUGAGAUGUGAGAGCAGUUCUGAGGAGCAGGGCUGGGAGCUGGACUGUAAGUCACCUGGCUGGAGAAGGAGGCUCGAACAUCCUUCGAAGGGGAUACGUAGCACCUCCUUGCACAAAAGGGCGCCUGGUAAUAAAGACCCCAGGGGCCAGGAGCUGCCUGGCACAGCCACCUGGCAGGCUCCCAGCAGAAGAGGGACCAAGAGUGUAAGAAGAAACCCAAUGCAGAAACCUUUGCUCUCUAGUCCAGGUCCUCCAAGGAGCACUGCUUCAGAAACCUCGGGUAAAGAUGAUGACAUUAGAAUAUUUGUGGCUCUCUUCGACUACGAUCCUGUUUCUAUGUCUCCUAACCCUGAUGCAGCAGAAGAGGAGCUCCCAUUUAAGGAGGGACAGAUCCUGAAAGUAUGUGGAGACAAGGACGCUGAUGGCUUUUACAGAGGUGAAUGUGGAGGAAGGGAGGGGUACAUUCCCUGCAACAUGGUAUCAGAAGUCCAGGUGGAGAGUAAGGACAUGAAGAAGCAGCUCCUGAAGCAAGGGUUCCUGCCUGCCGACACACGCACGGAGGGCAUAGGAAAUGGCACAUUUUCUCCACCUCCACGCCGCCAAACCGUCCCUCCUCCAAAACCCAGACGCUCCAAGAAAGGGCUGGAUAAACAGGAGAAGUACAAGUCUCCUCCAGGACAGAAGCAUAAAGACUUUGAAGCUGAACUGCUGACUCCUCGAAGUAUGGUGGCUGUCUUUGACUAUAACCCUAAGGAGAGCUCUCCAAAUGCAGAUGUAGAGGCUGAGCUGACCUUCAGCGCCGGGGACAUCAUCACUGUGUUUGGGUCCAUGGAUGAUGAUGGGUUCUAUUAUGGAGAGCUGAACCAGCAGAGAGGGCUUGUUCCAUCCAACUUCCUGGAAGCUGUGAUCUCGGAUGGAGGCGUGGUCAAAGAUAAAGAAGCUUUUCCACUGAGUGCUGAGAGCCAGAGAAUGAGGAAGAGAAGAGUCCAAUGA